AUGGCGCAAGUUAUUGCCAACUCCGGCCAUGAUGACAUGAUCCACGAUGCUAGUCUCGAUUACUACGGACGACGAUUGGCGACAUGUUCUUCCGACAAGACGAUCAAGAUCUUUGAAGUCGAGGGAGAGACACAGAGAUUAGUUGAUACUUUGAAAGGACACGAAGGUGCAGUAUGGUGUGUGGCUUGGGCGCACCCGAAAUUUGGCACAAUCCUCGCAUCCUCCUCCUACGAUGGCAAAGUCUUGAUCUGGCGCGAACAACCUUCCAGUGCCCCCACCAACGGCAGCCCAUGGACCAAGGUCUUCGACUUCUCUCUUCAUACCGCAUCAGUGAAUAUCGUGUCGUGGGCACCGCACGAGAGUGGCUGUCUUCUUGCCUGCGCCUCGUCGGACGGUCAGGUUAGCGUGCUGGAGUUCCGGGACAACAGCUGGACUCACCAGAUGUUCCAUGCUCAUGGCAUGGGCGUCAACGCUGUGAGCUGGGCACCCGCCGCAUCUCCAGGCAGUCUCAUAAGCGCGAAUCCCGGACCGGGCCAACAACGGAGGUUUGUCACCGGUGGAAGCGAUAACCUUGUCAAGAUCUGGGACUACAGCCCCGAAUCCAAGACAUAUAACCCCGUUCAGACAUUAGAAGGCCAUACCGACUGGGUACGAGAUGUCGCCUGGUCACCCAGCAUCCUCUCCAAAUCCUACAUCGCCUCGGCUUCACAGGACAAGACCGUCCGAAUCUGGACAUCUGAUGCAUCAGCCCCCGGCCAGUGGACAAGCACCGUCCUUGAAUUUGACUCUGUCCUGUGGCGCGUCAGCUGGAGUUUGAGCGGCAAUAUCUUGGCUGUGAGCGGAGGUGACAAUAAGGUGACACUGUGGAAAGAGAAUCUCAAGGGCCAGUGGGAGAAAGUGAAGGAUAUCGACGAGUAG